AUGGCAGUAACUCUGAAUUGUGGACCCAAGAAUGUGUAUUUCAUGAUGCAGAGAAUCCAUGCCACCAUAAAGAAACCACAAAUUGGAUUGUUUCAAAAUAUCCUGAAGGAAGGUGGUCUUUAUGCUGUGAAGGAUUUUAUGGUUGCUGAAAGUAAUCCAAGAUACAAAACAACCCCUUGCAUUUACAAGAUCAUAUUUGUCCAAAGAACUCGAGUGGUUGAGAUUUUUGAUAUAUCAUUUCCAUAUACGAUGUUUGAGUUCAAGUCUUUUGAUCAAUUGAUUGAUGCUCAAACUGUGGAUGAAUCUACUCUUAUAGAUAUUAUUGGAAGACUUGCUUGCAAGUACUCGUCACAACACAAAGAGAUACAAGGACGUCAAUCUAAACUGAUGGACAUUAUUUUGGAAGACUUGCAGGGGUUACGUCUACCUUGCACUUUAUGGGGAGACUAUGUGGAUGAGUUAACUGAUUACUUGAGUAUUGUUAACGAUGAACAACCUGUCAUAGUGUUGCUACAAAUGUGUCGUGCAAAAAAAUUUGGUGUAGUUCGAGUGGAAAACACAUUCUAUGUUACCAAAAGAUGA